GUGCGCGCUCACUGCGGCCGAGCCCGAGCAGUGCGGCCUCCCGAGGUUUAACGGGGCCGAGAGGAAGGAAGGGUCGAGAGAACCCCUGGAAACAGUAGAGAAUGUCUUUUCGUGGAAGAGGAGGUGGAGGAGGAAGAGGAGGUGGCUUCAACCGAGGAGGAGGUGGCGGUGACCGAGGCGGCUUCAACCGCGGCGGGCGAGGAGGUGGCUUUGGACGGGGAGGUGGAAGAGGAGGCUUCAACAGAGGAGGCUAUGACCAGGGCCCUCCAGAAAGGGUAGUUUUGCUGGGAGAGUUCAUGCAUCCCUGUGAAGAUGACAUAGUUUGUAAAUGUAAAACAGAGGAAAACAAGGUGCCUUAUUUCAACGCCCCAGUGUACCUGGAUAAUAAGGAGCAGAUUGGCAAAGUGGAUGAAAUAUUUGGACAGCUGAGAGACUUUUAUUUUUCAGUGAAACUGUCUGAGAACAUGAAAGCCUCUUCAUUUAAAAAAAUGCAAAAGUUUUACAUUGAUCCAGCAAAGCUGCUGCCUCUUCAGAGGUUUUUGCCAAGGCCCCCUGGAGAAAAAGGUGCUCCCAGAGGAGGUGGUAGAGGAGGACGUGGUGGUGGACGUGGGGGAGGAAGAGGCGGUGGUAGAGGAGGAUUUGGAGGAGGCAGAGGUGGAGGAAGAGGAGGAGGAUUCAGAGGAGGUAGAGGCGGAGGAGGAGGAGGAGGAUUCAGAGGAGGAAGAGGCGGUGGAGGAGGCUUUCGGGGAAGAGGACAUUAAAAAUGGAGCCAGGAGUAUCUCCUCAUUGUCUUAUCAUGUCAUCUGCAGAAGCAAAGAACCAUGCAAAAUUUUUGUAAAGGACCUUGAAAAUCUUUUUAUAAAGAACUUGAAGCUACAAAUGACAAUUAUUUUUACACUUCAUGACUGUUGAUGGAUGCAUGAGGAGAGUGUAGCCCCAGGUGAAGAGCUGAAGAUUGCUCAGAAUAUGUGUAAAGUUUUCUCACUGAGACACAAUUUGAUGUUAUUCUUAAACUGUUUGUUUCUGACAAGCAGUGCAGUCAGUGCUUAACUCCAUGUUGGAGUUGGGAGUAAACAAUCAGUUGAAGUGGGUUUUCAAAAGACCCUACAGGUUCACUUCAUGCACAUACUUCAGUGUGAACCUGUGCAUGACUGAUCCUUGGUUCUCAUCCUCCUUUUAUAUUGAAUCUUCUGGACAUGCCGUUUAAACAACCUUUGUGAACCUUUUUUUAUAAAUUAAAUUUCAAACUUU